CUUUAUUUUUACUAUUUUCUACGCUGGUUGGUUCUGAUCCUGGCUGGCCGUCAACUGACUGAGGGAACCGGUCUGCAGCUUCCAGGGGACUACUCCAUCUCUGGUCUCUUUCCCCUACAUAAGUUGGCCACCUCCAGCUCCAACCUACCAGACCUGGGAGCCUGUAAAGAAGGCAAAUCUAAUAAACAUGGCUAUCAUUUGAUACAAGCCAUGAGAUUCGCUGUGGAGGAGAUCAACAAUGGCACCAAAAACCAGCAUCUUCUCCCAGGGGUAACGCUGGGUUACCAGGUGUAUGACACCUGCAACCUACCAGCCAGUGUGCUGGCCACUCUGGACAUGCUGGCCCAACAAUACCAGAGAACUUUAGGGAACAAGACAGGUGGUGACCAGAGGGCAGUGGCAGUGAUCGGGCCUGAUAGUAGCAGUUACACCUUCACCCCUGCUGCAGUGCUGGGCUCUUAUCUAGUGCCACAGAUCUCCUAUGAAGCCUCCAAUGAGAUGCUGAGUAACAAGCUCCUCUACCCAGCCUUCUUCCGCACCAUCCCCAGUGACAAGAACCAGGUGGACGCCAUGGUCCAGCUGCUGGUGCGUUUUAACUGGACCUGGAUCGUUCUACUGGGCAGCGACGACUCCUAUGGCCUCCAGGGCAUAGAGAGUCUCUCCCAUCAGGCUGCCCACUUUGACAUCUGCAUCGCCUACCAAGGGGUCAUCCCCGAACUCACCUCCGCCAACAACCAGACCAUGAGGAACAUAGUCAAGAACAUUGUGAAGACCAAGGUCAACACUAUUGUUGUGUUCUCCAGCAAGACCAAAGUCAGUCAGUUCUUCCCGUUUGUCAUAGAGCAGGGUGUAACUGGUAAGGUGUGGAUAGGGACAGAGGACUGGUCAGUGGCCACUCUAGUGUUGGGGAUACCAGGGAUCCGCACCAUUGGGACUGUACUAGGCAUCUCCAUCAAAUACGCAGCCUUAGCUGGGUUUGAGGAGUUCGAAAGCCAUGCUGUUCCAAAGUUACUUAGUGGCACCUCCAAUGGCACGAUGGACCUGAGUGUUGAAUGUUUGCAAAAUAUGGACCUCUCCAGCAUGGCAGCAGAAAACUUCUCUUUGGAGGACUAUGACAUCAAAUCCUCUUAUAAUGUUUACAAGGCUGUAUAUGCUGUGGCCCAUGCACUGCACCAAGCACUUGGUUGUGGCUUGGGUGAAUGCCAAAAGUCUGAAGUGCUACCUUGGCAGCUUCUGCCACUGUUGAAGCAGGUGAGAUUCUCUGUUGGGAACUCCUCUAUUUACUUUUAUGAGAACGGAGACCCGCCCACAGGAUAUGACAUCGUAACCUGGGUUUGGAGGGGAACAGAGUGGUCUCUCCUUGAAGUGGGCUCUUACACACCAGACCCCACUGAACUAACAGUGGACCCUGCUCAAAUUGAAUGGGAUGGUGACAACGGAUACACAGGAAAAGAGGUGCCUCCGUCGAUAUGCUCCCCAGAAUGCCCUAAAGGACACAGGAAGCUGCAGACGGGACAACACAAGUGCUGCUUCGACUGCCUGGCCUGUGCUGCUCAAACCUUCCUCAACAAGACUGGAUCCACCAGGUGCCAGAAGUGUGAGCUUUACCAGUGGUCCCCAGCGGAGAGCGAGGUGUGUCUAGAUCGGACGGUCCUGCUGCUGGCCUGGGGUGGCCCCCUGUCUGUCGCCCUGCUGCUCCUCCUGGCUCUGACCCUGCUCAUGACCCUGGGGACAGGGGUCAUCUUCCUCCUCAACCUGCACACCCCUGUGGCCAAGUCGGCCGGCGGGCGCACCUGCCUGGUGAUGCUUCUAGCCCUAACCGCCGCGGCUGCCAGUGCCCUGUGCCACUUUGACCUCCCGUCUCGGACUGCCUGCCUUCUCAAGCAGCCGCUCUUCGUCUUCAGCUUUACCGUGUGUCUGGCUUGCGUCACAGUCCGCUCCUUCCAGGUGGUGUGCAUCUUUAAGCUGUCCUCCAAGCUGCCCCGGGCCUAUGAUACCUGGGCUAAGAACCACGGGCCUGAAGUCACCGUCUUCGUUGUUUCCAUGAUAGUGUUGUUGAUCUCUGUGCUCCGUGUUACUCUAAACCCCCCGUACCCCUCCCUGGAUGUGGCCUUCUACUCCGACAGCAUCGUCACAGAGUGUAGUAACACCCUCUCUUUCGGGGCCAUGAUAGAGCUAGCCUAUGUCUCUCUGCUCAGCAUGCUCUGCUUCUCCUUCAGUUACAUGGGCAAAGACCUGCCAGCCAACUACAACGAGGCCAAGUGUAUCACCGUUAGUCUCAUGAUAUACAUGAUCUCCUGGAUCAGCUUCUUCACAAUCUAUUUUGUCAGCAGGGGGGAGUUUGCCAUGGCCAUGCAUGUGCUGGCCAUAGUGUCCAGUGUGCUCGGUAUACUCAGUGGCUACUUCAUGCCCAAGGUCUACAUCAUUGUGCUGAGGCCCCAAAUGAACACAACAGCCCAUUUCCAAAACUGUAUUCAGAUGUAUACCAUGAACAAAGAGUGAAAGAUAUGUGUUCAUCAUAGAUUUGCGUUUUGUAUUUCUGGAUACUUAUUCCCAAUCCAUUGUAUAGGUAGGUGGCUUUAAAAAUGACAUAGUAAAUGUUGCUCUGCUCUUAGCUAGUAGAAAAUAAAUAUUGCCCUUGAACAUUUAA